AUGCAUCCACCUGCACCGUUGUCGCCCCGAAACUACUAUAAAUACUCGCCCGUGUCACCGACGGAAGCGAGUAAACCAUUCCAUUCCCGCAGGACGUGCUCGCCGUUCUCUUAUGGAAUUCAUCCGAAUAGUCCAGUUCUACAGAAGAGAAAAAUGCUCGCCGAAAGCUCAUACGUCACCGAAGGUGUGGGCAAGCGGCCACCGGGAGAGAGUGAUCUGAGGAGCAUCGAGCCCGAAUACGAGUACUCGCCUUCAAACUGGCUUGAGUGGAAGAAACAUAUCCUGGCUCAGAAGCAGACCGACGACGACCGAAACUCAUACAAACGAAGAACUGAGGGUCGUCUUCUCAAUGAACUCAAAUACUCUCUGGACGCCGAGACCGACGGUCCCGGGAAACCUGUCGUCACGAUUAUCAAAAAAGACGAGACCAUGUCUCGGAAAAUUCAGCCUCCGCAACACGCCGCUCACACGAUGCCGUACGCUCAACGAGCCGCGAUCUCGCCGAGGUCUCCCGUCGCCUCCAGUCCGCGACCCGCGCUGAAACGUCAGACCUCGUUGCCCACAAGGUCGACGUAUGCGCAACUCGAGAGAGAGGAGCGGAUGCAGAGGGAACGUGAGGAGGAGUUCGUCCGACCAACAACCCCUACCCGAUUGAUCGUGCCUGAGAUAGUCCGCCAGAUGAACGAAAUUUCGGACAAACAGAAACAAGAACUCGAGCGAAGUGAAUCCCUGAAACAUCGCACGAGAGCCCGGACUCCACCUCCGUUCAGGCGAUCGCAGUCGCGGAGUCCAGUGAACACAUUGCGUUCGUCCUCACCCGAGAGAACGUAUCGGUCGGUGUCUCCGCACGCUCUCGCGACUCUCCACGCAGUCAACGAAAGUCUUUUGAAAACAGCUGAGCAUCUAUCAGCGUCUAACGAGAAACUCCACCGAUUGACACCGGAGAGAGUGUCGCCACCGAAGCUCAUAAUCCCGGUGUCUUCGGAACCGCUAAACAUGCCGAGCUCCGUGACAUCGGCUCACUGGUACCGUCCGAACAUGACCCGUGACGCUGCCAUAGAAUUCCUCAAGGACAAACCUCCCGGCAGUUUCAUAGUCCGAGACAGCACGAGCUAUCCUGGUGGUUACGGACUCGCCAUGAAGGUCCCUGAUCGAGGGGAGCACAAAACUCCGGAGGAAUCGGUGCGCCAUUUUCUCAUCGAACCUGCACCAGGUGGUGUCCGUGUCAGAGGCUCAGACAUCGAGCCGAUUUUCGGUUCUCUCAACGCCUUGGUUUACCAGCACAGCUUGACACCUCUGUCGCUGCCCUACCGAUUGCUACUCACCGAUGCCCCCAUCGAGCCUAAGAGCGCGGAGAAACUUCUACAAUCGCUCGUCGGCGUUGUUCCGGACUACGGCAAAGGAGUCGCCUUCAUAGUGAUCUAUCUCGGCUCCCACGAGAUCGGAAUGUUGACGGGUCCACACGCCGUCAAAAACGGCUUCGACAAUCUCUUCGCUGAUCGACGGAGCAAAACUAUCCCGACGGCUGCUGUGGUUAUGAAAGUUAAUGGCGAAGGCAUCACGCUCACCGACCAUGAGCACCGGCUGUUCUUCCGGAUGCAUUUCCCCAUGAAGAAUUUCCGAUAUUGCGAAAUGGACCCCGCACACCGGCACUGGGAAUGCCGCGACGAAGUCUCCGGCGACAGCAGAGCACCGAGCUGUUUCGGCAUCGUGUGUUCCUCCGCCACGGAUCCAUUGGUGAACGAAUGCCACAUGUUCGCCGAGUUCGAACAGCCCGCCAGCCUUCUCGUCGAGGAGAUCAGACGAUGGAACGAAAGGUCCUUCUGAGCGAAAUCGAAAAGAAGAACGAAGGAGAUACAUCAACCCUUUUUCUACCGAAACUGCCAUUUGAGAGGCCAAAACUCUAUAGACACCAUAAUCACAUCCGGAACGAAGCAUACGAUAGCCACACGAGUCACUAUUUCACUCUCUUUUAUCUGAGCCCCCUCCCCCACUUUUGAGAACAGCCUCUAGCGCGUUCUUGUAUUAUUUCCUUGAACUCACCAAUAAAAAACGGAAACCCAGCACCACCAGCGCGGCGACCGGCGACGCAUACGCCAAAGCUUCCCCACCUAAUAUCCACGGCACAUGGAGAUC